CUCAUUUAUUUAUUUAUGGAAAGCUCGCUGGUCCCCGGGAAUCGCUCAAACUUCACACAAAUUCGUGGGAUUGUGGGAUUGCGAGUUCAAUGAUGACCUUGUGCAUUUCGCCUGGAAUUUUGGGGAGUUGGGCAGUGCUCACGAUUACCUGUUGUUCGUCUGUGUUUUUCUGCGGCGUCAGUUUGAAGUUUUUGGAUUGUGGGGUUUGUUCGUGACAGUGUUGGGCUUUGAAGCGGGAUGAGUCUGUUUACUGCAUUAACCAAUUUUCUAAAAAACAAUUUGGGCAUUUAUAUUUCGAUUUGGGUUAAGCUCAAGUGAAACUCCCCGCAGGUGUGAGUGUGGAUAGUGAGUUAGGGUUUUUCGAGGGUGUAAUUCUGCAUGGCAAUUGCUUAGGAACUCGACGAUGUUCUUUGUUCUUGAGUUCGGUGCACUGACAUUUCGACCCGAACCAACCUAGAAUAGAACACGAAGAAAACCACAGAGGGGACCAAUUAAUAACCACGUAGCCUGUGCAAUUAAUUAGAUUUCCGUAGCUAGUGCCGUUCCUGUCUUAAAAGAACCAAGAAUAACGUUCUUAUUGAGACACGAUCCAGUUCAGCCUGAGAGAGCUUGAACUGGCUGCGGCGAUGGAUGAGCCUCUGGAUCACAUUGUGAACAUCGAGGAAGGGGACGAAGAUGCUUUGGACGCUGCUUUAGAAAUGGAGCUGGCCGCCACCUAUGCCAAGUUCCCGGUGUCGCAGAUGGUGGCGUCUGCUAAGCUGGUCGGUGAGAAGAUUCCGGUCGUAAUUGAAGAACCGACUUCGUCUCACCUAAGCUUCGCGUUUCCCGGGUGGGAGAGUGACAUAUUCCAAGGGGGAAAGCGCAAAAUGCCGUCUACAUCCGGAUACAUCGAUGACCCCCAGUCCUCACCAAGCAAGAGAGGCAAGCAAGUCAAGAACACAGACACAGCAGGUCCAAGCAGAGCUUCGUCUGCACUGGAGGAUCCCACUACUCCACCAGUUGAGGGUUGUCCGAUGGACUCGAUGGACGAUGAGCUGCUGGCAUAUGUGUUCAAGAAAUUGAAUAUGAAGGAUUUGUGUUCAAGCAUGCGAACAUGCAAACGAUGGCACCGAGUCGCUUGUAAAGAGGAUGUUUGGGGGCACCUCCCCUUGCCUGCAAAUGUUCCUGGAGCCUUACCGAGAUGGAUGGAAAUACGAAAUGCUGCAAUGUCGAUGGAUCUAAGAGUUCGAUUUCAAGUCUUCCGAAGAGGUUAUGAUUUUAUUCGAUCAGCACUCGAUGCUUGGUGGAACCGUGGAAAACCGGAUGGCGAGUACCCUUCUGCGAUCUUUCGUUCAUUAACCCAGAAGCUUGUUAUUAACGAUUGGUCUCUUCUAUAUGAAGCUUUUGGAGCUGCAUUUUCUGAUCGUGCUGAUCAUAUAGCAGUUAUUAUUCUUGAAGCUGUCCAAAGGCUUGAGCAUUUGAGGCAUUCUAAAUACAAAGAUGUCAUGACAAACUCGACAGAAGAUGCUGAGGGCGAUCUUCCUGAAGUGUUUCCGAAAUUAUCCUCGAAAUCAGAUGGGGAUUCAAAGGCUUCGGGAAGUCGGGAGGAAUUCCUUUGGGAUGAAGCUGAGGUUCAAGAGACUUGGACACUUCUACUGACAUUAUGGAGGCGGUAUAAGAUAUGGCUAAUGCUUGUAGUUUCACAUUGCCCAGAAUUAAACCAUGAGGUCAUGGCUGAGCGUGCACGUGGCAAUGUAUUGGCCACGACUCCAACAGUUUAUGGUAAAGGGAUAAUUUGCUUCAGGAGCCAAGUCAUUUUGAAGUAUGGCAUACGAAGUGUGUUACAAGCAACUUGGUCAGGAUUGGCAAAUGCAAAGCGUAGUGGAUUGGCCUCCGAUAUCCAGCUCGACCUUUUCCGCUCUGUCGACCAUCUAUUCCAGGAAACAAGUGUGCUAGAUGAUCUUACUCUCUCUCUCAUGACUUUCACACAACAGAAGUUACGACGUUGUUUUGGUAACGAAACUUCUAGCAAGGCUAAGUCCAAAUUAAAAACAAAUCCUGCCUUGAGUUCUGCUGAAGCUGACGGCGUUCGAUUUGCGAGGAUGGCAAUGAUAAUCAGAAAAUCGUGACUGUGGGUGCAAAGGGACAACUACAAACGGUGGAGACCAACUAUCUUUGGAAGCAUUAACUAUAGUUUACUGUGUCACUGUUGUUGGCUGCGGUGCAAGGCGAUGCCUAUACUGCUUUUACAACCACUCUCAGAAGGAUCGCAGCAAUCCGCUUCAACAUCUCAUUCCUUAGCGCCUCCAGCCUUUUCAACCAAUUUACUUAGGAUGAUUCUUGCACACUAUUAAUUGGAGGGGAAGCCGCAGGUAGAUGUUUUGGGUCGACUCAUCGAAUUCUCAUGCAGAAGCAGUGUCAUCUGUGCUUUUGAAGCGCAAUGGUUACCGACGAAGGCUAAGCCUCCUUGAAUCGCGUUGCAAGUCUUUAAGCUGACGUGCCCAUGUGUGGCAAGGUUGAUGCUGCUGAGUAUGAAGUUUCCUUCAGCAGUAUCCGCUAUGGUCUAAUAUUCUUUUCAGUCCAGUGUGUUCAUGAAGGUACGCACACGUCAAAUUCGUAUGCUUUGUGUAGUCCUUGGAGCAAAGACCAAGCCGGGGCACGAUUUGAUGAGCGUAAACUGCAUGGUGGCUCUGGAGGUAUUCGUUUCUAUGGAUUGCAUGUAUAUGCAGCAUGUUGUAGUGUGCUACACAUGCUGUUAGAGUGAAGCUAGGCAGUUGACAGUUACUGUAGCUGAUUGUAUCCUUCGAGGAGGUCAACCACAUAGUUUUUCCAGCGCAGAAGCUGAGAUAAAGUCCUAUUUUAUCCAUGAAGCUCAUGGGAUCUUAUGACGAUAACGCAUUGGAUUUACUCAUCAGCUUAUAAUAUACAAGUGAUGCAUCAAUUUCGAAGUUGAUUGUUGGCAUUGACUUGCAAGCGGCUGCUCUUGGAAACCUAUGAGCAUAAGUAGGGGUCAAGUGAGGCAUAUAAGAAAGACCUUUUUAUGCAGUUUACUUAAAAAAGACCGAUAGGGUUCUGUUUUUAGGAUUACUUGUGUUAUUUUGUAUGUGUGGACACAUGCCGGAUCAAUUUCAUGAUAUGGAUGAAACCUCCUAUGCAUCUUUUUGCA